CGAGUAAACCACGCGGGAGACAAGAGUCUGCAGAGAGAGUCUCAGAGAAGUCUGGGAAGUGUAGUCCACUCGUUUUAGCGGUAGAUUGGUGAUGGGCGCUAAGGUUCCGGGAAGGGGCUGAGCUGAGCAGGCUUGAAAGGAGACUGUGUCCUUUAACUCUGUAGCUGAAACACAAGAAGCGUUCACUGAAUAAAUGACUUAUCCAUUCAGACUCUGAGGAUAAUCCUGUGAACUGUUUACUAGGUCUGGCCCUUGGUGUUGAUUUCAUUAUGCUUCGACGAAAACCAACCCGCCUGGAGCUGAAGCUUGAUGACAUUGAGGAGUUUGAGAGCAUUCGAAAGGACCUGGAGACCCGUAAGAAACAAAAGGAAGAUGUGGAAGUUGUGGGAGGAAGUGAUGGAGAAGGAGCCAUUGGGCUUAGCAGUGACCCCAAGAGCCGAGAACAAAUGAUUAAUGAUCGAAUUGGUUAUAAACCCCAACCCAAGCCGAACAAUCGUUCGUCUCAAUUUGGAAGUUUUGAGUUUUAGAGGUAGACAUGAAUUUUGCAUGCCAGAACCCUGGAACAGAGUAAAGUGAUGACAGAAGUACAAACAAACCAAGAAACCAAAUCAGUUGAACAAGAUUUAGAGAAUUGAGUCCUUGAUCAAGCAAAAAUGUUUACCUCUUACAGUGAGGAAUACUUAUUUGUGAGUUAUGUUUAACUUUUACUUUAAGCCAGAAUCCAAACUCUGGUUUGUCUCUGGAAAAUUUGACUCUAUAAAUUAUAAUUUGUCUGAUUUUUGUUUUUUAAAAUAAAUAUAUUUUUGGAAAAAUGAGAUGCGCUUAAUGAAGUAGAAUGGUACUGUUAACUCCCAGAUUUUAAAAGGUAAUUGCAUAAGAGGUAA